AGGCGAUUUUGGAGGAUGGGGAAGCUUCGGUUUUUCCGACUGUUGAGGAGGAGAGAGAUUCUGAGCUCAGCUCUCUGUAAUGAUGUAAUGUGAAGAGAGGGAGAAUGUGAUCGUUAAUGUGUGAUCUUUUGGGUUUCAUGGAAAUUGAAGGUAUUUCAUUUCUCCAGUCUCGAGCAAGAGCCCCUCCCACUCAAUAUGAUUCCAAAAAUGCAUGCCUACAAAGAAUGAGAAAGCCAAUACACACAAUACGAGAAAGACGCUCACAGAUAUCUCGCAACUAAAGAAACAGAGAAUGAAGAUCUGAAGAGUUCGUUGUCGGACGCAUUUAUUGAAUUGGGUGCUAACAAUUUGGGGCCUAGGAAGCUGCUUUCAGCUGGGUGUCAGUAUUGUUAUUGUUAUCGCAGAAAUGGACAAGACUCGGGACGUGAGGCGUGUAGCGACGAAUCGGUUCUCUCCUGCUGCGAAGCGACAGAUCAUUCAUCCAUCUGGUUCCGGUGGUGGUAAUGGGAACGCCGUAGUUUCAGAGAAAGCGAACAAAAAGAAACUCAGAAGAUUGAGUGUUGUUGGUGGAGUUGCUUCGAACAACGAAGACAGCGACAUGGUUCUUGUUGGGUCCGAUGGUGAAGAUGAACGUCGUCCCACUGGUAUUAGCAAAAGAAUUAAGUUCCCCAAAAAGUAUUUUGAUGACUGCAAUACUGUUGAUCAUGCCUCUGUUCCUCGAAAGCUACGGUCAGCCAUGAAGAAGCGCAAUCGCGAAUCCGAUUCACCACCUUUGCCAGAUUCAAAUAAGACAAACAAUACGGUCAAUGGAGUUGAAUUAAUCAGAAAGGAUGACACUAAGAGAUCCAAAUUGAACAUGCAAGGAGACUCGGGGGGGUCUCCAAGUCAUGCCACUCUCGGGCCAAUCACCAAAGAUGAGGAAGAAGUAGUGGAGACCUUGUAUGCUCUAGCAGGAAUGUUCCCGGACACGGACAAGAGUGAUGGGACUAAAUUGGAUGAUGGUGCAUCAGAAGCAAAAGCUCCGGUUUUGCUAGAAACAGAGAAUUGUAAACUUGCAUCUAAAGUUUCCAAAGAGCAGGAGGAGAUAAAGACAUUCUGCUCCACAGCUAGUGGUGAUGUUACCAAAUAUUCUACAACUGGAGAAGCUGUGAAAGUCCAAUCUUUGAAUGAAACAUCACUGCCUACUUUGCCAAGCAAGCAGUUAGCUAUGGAGUUUGAUAAUUACGUUCCUAGAGUAGAUCACCCAUUAAAGUCUCUGUUAUGCGGGACUGAACUUUCUACUGAAAGAUUGUCCUGCAAUUCUCUUGUUUUUGGUGGCCCAUCUGAGCUAAAUCUGAAUAGCAGGAUAAAGCAGCCUGAACCUGAGGGAACUUCAGUAAGUGGAAGAAAAGUAGAGAUUGCAUUUGGACAGGUCACAGCUCUUGGACAUCAACAUGGUCAGCAAAAUAACAUCACGGAGAGCACAAAUAAUGAUUCAGGAUUGUGGCCAGGCUUAUCUUCAACAGGGGGACUUGCACAGACACAAGAACCUUCCUUGCAGUCAUCCACUGCAAAACUUCCUGCUUGGUUGGGUAAUGCUACUUGUGCCACGAGGCUUUAUUUAUCAAAUAAUGUUCCCAUAACUGAAAAGAAUGAUAGAGUCUCCGUUAAUGGGAAGAAGUCAUGUAAGAGAGGCUCUGCUCAUGUUUACAUAAGUCAUCUUAUUAAGGCCUUUCAAACUACAGAGAGAAAGGACAGUGUGCCUAUGCGGCCUACUCAAUUGAUAGCUGAUGAAGGAUCAAAGCAAGGGGCUGUUAUAGCAGUCAACAACCCAAAUGGGGUAAAGAAUGGUUUUAAUGGAGUUGUUGCCAAUAGAAGCAUAGUUUGUGCUGCUGCUGAGAAGAAUCCAUCUGAAGUCAGAAAUGCUAUACUUCUGCACAAGAAGCUCCUUCAAGAUCAGCGGCAGGCUUCUACAAUAUCUGGGCUCUACAAUCCAAAUAAACAAAGUAUUGAUUUCUUGUCUUUGUCGGCUGGAGGCUGUGGGGUGGAAGCUCAUAACAAUACUAAUAAAUCAGGAAUUGGGAUGGAGCCAUUGACACAAGUUCAUGUUCCUUACCUGCAACCACGUGCACAGAGUCACAUGAGCAUGCCUUUCUCGAUGCCAUCAAAUCGUCAUUCCUCUGAUCUGUUCUCAGACCAUCUUUCCGCAGCUGCAGCACAGCAGGUCCAUAUGCAGCUGCCUCAAUAUCUUGGGAGUACAUUUUGCAGCUCUACUCAUUUGGGUGCCACAGCCUCACCAAAUCAGCAGCAACUCCAGUGGACUCAGCUUACAUCUGAGUACAAGCUCGGUGGAGUUGCUGGGCCUUAUAUUCCAAAUUGGCAAAAUGGGGGACAAGACUCGCCUUCCCUAAUUCAAUAUGCUCAUGCUAUCUUUCCACAUCCCCGUUCUUCUCUAGACUUACUCGGCCCCAAGUAUGCACCAAUCUUGCCACAACAGCAGCAGCAGCUUAUAGCAGUUAAUACUUCAUUGCCCCCUGCCAAGGUGAAAAGGCAACACCAUCCUCUCCCUCAUGGUCCGGGCUAUGAAGGAAAUGGGGGUGGAUUCCAUCCUGGCAGAGCACCAUCGAUGCAAUUACUCUGCGACGAACAUAUUUAAAUUGGAAUGUUUUAACCAGUGAUCAUGAAGUAUAGGGUGGACCAUCUCUUCCUGUGCAUAUUUGAGACCAAGUGCUCCACGAUGGAUUGGGAAACAGCAAGCAUAUUGCAGUUGUGCAGGUCUUUGGUCACUCCAACAGUACCAGAAGAACAUCAUGAAGUGGAAAGAAAGCCUGCCAAUUCUGAUACAAAGGCCAACUGAAUCCCAACUGUGCAUCAUAGGUAAAUUUGGGAAAUUUUGUAGUGUCUGCUCUUUCGAACAUAUUUAAAACAGCAUUUCUUUCAAUUGAUGGGCCGAUUAUAAGGCAUAUAUGCAUGGUACAUUUAUUUUAUGGUCUUUUGGGAUCAGUGGUGGGCAUGGAUUUUCCUCGUCUAUUUCCUGCCUUGCUGUGACUACUCCACAGAUGAUGUUGAGUUGUGGCAACUGGAUUGACUCAGUUGAAAGGAAUCCGCCUUCAAGUCUUUUAAGUACACGAUGACAUGAUUAUUGCUGUUCAUGAAUUUGAAGAUACCUUUUUGGAAUGCUGGAGAAUGGCCAUUCAACACAAUAGGGUUUACCUUGGCUGAACAUAUUGUAAUUCAUUACUCUUUCACAACUGAAAAUCAGAACGAGCCCUUGAUAUGAGAAGGUCUCUGUGAAACGAGCACUUUCAGUAGUAGUAUGAAUAGUAUAUUUGUAUUUCUAUCAAGAAAGAGAGCCAUUAUGUACCUCAAUUACUUCAGCAGGAUGGA